CCAUCCAUUUGGGCCCCACACAAGAUCCCAUUUAUGCACCUUCCUUAUACUAUAAAACAUAACUUGAGAUUUUCUCUUGCUUGUGCAAUUCCUAGGAAGCUAAUUGGAGCCAGGUACUUCAACAAAGGCUAUGGAGCCUACAUUGGUGGUGGCCCACUUAAUGCCUCCUUAUCCACCGUCCGUGACUCAGAUGGCCAUGGGACCCACACACUUUCCACCGCUGCUGGUCGCUUUGUCCCAGGAGCUAACAUCUUCAGCUACGCCAAUGGAACAGCUAAGGGUGGGUCCCCCAAAGCUCGUGUGGCCGCUUACAAGGUAUGCUGGCCGCCUCUCAACGGCAACGAGUGCUUCGACGCUGAUAUAAUGGCUGCUUUCGAUGCUGCGAUCCAUGACGGUGUGGAUGUCUUGUCUGUUUCACUGGGUGGCGAUGCCGUUGAUUAUUUUGAAGAUGGUUUGGCCAUUGGAUCUUUCCAUGCUGUGAAGAAUGGGAUCACUGUCGUUUGUUCCGCAGGGAAUUCGGGCCCCUCAGUCUCAACAGUUUCUAACGUUGCACCAUGGGUUUUGACGGUUGCAGCAAGCACUCUCGACAGGGAAUUUCCGUCGUAUAUUAAGCUUGGGAAUAACAAGCAAUACAAGGGACAAAGCCUUUCAUCUGAUUAUCUACCGGAGAAGCUUUAUCCACUCAUCACUUCUUCAGAUGCUAAGGCUGCCAAUGCUUCUGAUGAAACCUCUGAGCUUUGUAUGGUAGGAGAUCUUGAUCCCGAGAAGGUGAAAGGGAAGAUUGUAGUUUGCCUACGUGGCAACAAUGCACGUGCUGAGAAGGGUGAGGCAGUUCGCCAGGCUGGUGGGGUUGGGAUGAUCCUGGCCAAUGACGUGGAUAGUGGUGAUGAGAUCAUUGCUGAUGCCCAUUUUCUCCCGGCCACACAGAUCAUUUAUUCGGACGGUGUUGAAGUUUACUCCUACAUCAACUCUACAAAGUCUCCUAUGGCUUAUAUCACCCGCCCGAAGACCGAUUUGGACACCAAACCAGCUCCAGUCAUGGCUGCAUUCUCGUCCCAAGGACCUAAUCCGGUCACCCGAGAAAUCCUCAAGCCUGAUAUAACAGCACCAGGAGUAAGUGUUCUUGCAGCCUAUAGCCAAGGAACUAGCCCAACUGGCAUCAGUUCGGAUGAACGUCGGGUUCUCUUCAAUGUCAAAUCUGGGACAUCCAUGUCAUGCCCACAUGUUUCCGGCAUCGUGGGCCUUCUCAAAACACUCCAUCCUGACUGGAGCUCAGCUGCAAUUCGAUCUGCGAUCAUGACCACUGCGAGAAGCCGAGACAAUGCUAUAGAACCAAUUACUGAUGCAUACAUGAUAAAAGCCACACCUUUCAAUUAUGGUGCUGGUCAUGUCCGCCCCAACCGUGCUAUGGACCCUGGCCUAAUCUAUGACUUGACUAUCAACGACUACCUAAAUUUCCUGUGUACUCUUGGCUACAACUCGACGAUGAUAUCGGCAUUUGCCGAUUACAAAUGCCCAUCUAAGAACAUGAGCUUCUUGGACUUCAACUACCCAUCGAUCACCCACCCAUCAUUAACAAGCCCAACGACCAUCGCUCGAACAGUCAGGAACGUUGGUCCCCCUAGCACAUACACAGUACAUGUUGAUCCACCUGCUGGAGUAUCUGUGACGGUCCAGCCGAAGAGCCUGAAGUUUGAGAAGACAGGUGAGGAGAAGAUGUUUAAGGUGUCGUUAGCGCUUAAGUAUGGAAAGAUUGCCGAUUAUUCAUUUGGGAGGUUGAUAUGGUCUGAUGGGGUGCAUUAUGUUAGGAGUCCGAUUUCUGUAUCAUCUUCUUUCUAAGAACUUGUUGGGUCAUUUGGGGUUAUGGCUCAAGUCAUUUUGGUUCAGAUCAAUGUUGAAUUUAUUUAGGGUUGUGUGGGUGGGAUUAUAUAUUUUGGUUUUUUGGGGUGAAUAGAUAAUUGAAAAUUAGAGGGGGUAUAGUUCAUAGUAAUUUCAGUUCGUUGAAGAAAAAUGU